AUGAUCGAGGUUGUGGCCUCUAUGGCCCGAGGCUCAGUGUUUCUGGCCGGGGAGCUCAUGGAGUGUCUUGUAACUUUCACCAACCCGAUAUCUCAUCUUUCCACCUCGGCGAGCAGUAUAGAGAAGGUUAGAAGGAUUUACACGUCUUCUGGAAGGAUCUAGAAAAAGCGUGCGAUGGUGGUGAAAUAUAUGAGGACAGCAAAACAGUGGUGAGGUGUGCAGUAGGAGAGACAGAUGGAUUCAAGGUAGGGGUAGGAUUACAACAGGGAUCUUCUCUGUGCCCUUCUUAUUUGCAGUGGUGUUGGUCAGGCAAGAGUCCCUGAGUACUGAGGUGGUGGUAUGCACUGGAGGGAAGAAGAAUGAAAGUCAGUAGAAGCAAGACAAAAUGCAUGUGUGUGAAUGAGAGGGAGACAGAUGGAAAAGCGAACAUAUAAGGAGACAGUGAGAUGCUGGCAUGGGCCAGUGCCCAGAUCCACUGUCAGUUUCAUGCAAGUGAGAACAGAGUAGCCUUGCCGGCUCAGGGCAACAAACAGGAUGUCCAGGCUGAGAGCGAGACUGUGCUCAUCCCAAGCAGAGGAGAACGAGGGCAGUGUGUGCUGGACACUCCUCCUAAGAUAUUAUUCUGUGACCUGCGCCUGGACCCUGGAGAGAGUAAAACAUACUCAUACAGUGAGGUUGUUCCCAUUGAUGGGCCUCCCAGUUUCCGUGGUCAGGCGGUGAAGUAUGUCUACAAACUGACCAUUGGCUGUCAAAGGGUCAACUCGCCCAUCAAGCUACUUCGUGUUCCCUUUAGAGUGUUGGUUCUGCAAGGCAUGCCAGAGCCUCCAUUUCCCCAGGAUGAAGAGGUUUGCCCCUCCAACCCUUUCCUGGAGGAAGAGGAAGUGAGCCGCAGGGACUCUCGGCCUUUGGAGAGAGCACUGGACAUGUUAAUGGUCACCACCUCGAGGCGCUACCCCCAUAUGUUUAAUAUCACCAACAUGCGUGGGAAAGUAGCAAAGUUCUGCAUCUUUAAGACUGUUUACAGACUCGGGGAGGACAUCAUCGGCACGUUUAACUUCUCAGAGGGAGACAUUCCCUGCCUGCAGUAUUCAGUGAGCCUUCAGAGUGAGGAGGAGAUCCAGCAGCAGUACCAGCGUAGACCAGGACAAACUCCCAGUGUGACUGGACACGGGCGACAUCUGGAGUCUUGCCUCCACACGGCCUUCAGCCACUUCUCUCUUCCCAUACCCCUGAAUGUCACGCCGGGUUUCAGCAGAGACAUUGUGACCCUGAGGUGGCGCCUGCACUUUGAAUUCGUUACUGCCCGGGAGCCUAUGGAACCGCCCACUGUCCUGCAGAACCAAUCAGAGGUCACAGUGUGGGCUGGGGCGGAGCAUGUGGAUGUGGACACCUUCAGCUGGAAUCUACCGAUCAAAGUCCUGCCCACCAACCCGGCUUUGGCUUCCUACGUGUCCCAGUUUACAGGGACCAACACCAUUACCAUUUAACGUGUGUGUGUGUAGUGUGUGUGUGUGUGUGUGUGUGUGUGUGUGUGCUGUGUGUGUGUGUGUGUGU